UCCUCAGCAGAAAGGAUGGCGCAGCUCGUAAUCGCCAGACAAAACAUCGCGUUUCUCUCUCCGUUCCUAAACAUUACGUUUCUGUUUGUUUGUUUUCAACUUCACGUCAGUGGGAAAGGGGACGUCAUAGGGCACCUCUUGACAGAGACCGUGCUGUAGAACGUAAAACAGUAUGGCGAGAGCGGUUUGGGCGUUGUCGGCGUUCUGUCUUCUUGUAUCGGCUGCAUGCGGAAGUGAAGGAUACGAAAAACACAGAGGAGACAAAACUGCAGGUUUUAAUGUGCUGAUGGCUGCAGGACAAGGGCGGCAGGGUCAGGUCGCGGCACGCAGAGUCAGACGACAAUACGACGUGACGGACACCAGAGUCCGCUGGCUGCACGUCAACUCCCGCGUCACGUCACGAUUCGCCACCGUGACGGUGGAGAGCAAGCUGUUCAACCGGGCGGACCGGGGCCGAGAGGCCGUCUUCAACAUGCAGCUGCCGGAGGCCGCUUUCAUCUCCAACUUUUCUAUGGUCAUCAACGGCACCCUGUAUGUGGGGAGCGUGAUGGGGAAGGCGGCGGCGAGGGAAGCGUACGACGCCGCCGUGGAGGCAGGGGAAAGCGCCGGGCACGUCGCACAGGAAAGUCCGAGAGGGCGUGAAGUGUUCAACAUCGCGAUCAACGUCGGUGCAUGGGAGGAGGUCACCUUUCAGCUGACCUACCAGGAGUUCCUGGUGCGCAGGCUCGGCAUCUACGAACACGUCAUCAGUAUCAGACCACAGCAGAUCAUACCAGACAUGCGCAUCAGCGUUGAUGUGCGUGAGCCGCAGGGGUUCAGCUUUCUGCGCGUGCCCGACAUCAGGAUCUCUGACCUGCUGACCGACCAAUCAACAGACGAGUUGUCCACUGCGACUGUGUUUCGUGCGAGUCCUGAUCAUUACGUCAUCACCUAACGCACCAUCCGAGGGGAACAGGCCGCCAUGUCUGCCGAGGGCAUCAUGGGAGAUUUCGUGGUGCAGUAUGAUGUCGUUCGCCAGCAGAAAAUCGGGUUCAUCCAAGUACACGGGGACUACUUUGUACACUACUUCGCGCCGACCGGUUUAGCAGUCAUGCCCAAGAAUGUUGUCUUUGUGAUCGACGUCAGUGGCUCCAUGAGCGGUGACAAGAUACGUCAGACUAAGGAGGCCAUGGCAGUCAUCUUAGGCGAGCUUCGAGGAAUGGACUUUUUCAACAUCCUGACGUUCUCUGACCGCACCACGCGGUGGAAGUCAGAACUGCAGGUGGCCAAUCAGGAAAACGUCAGGGCUGCUCACACGUACGUCAACAACAUGAAAGCACUAGGAGGAACAAACAUCAACGAUGCCAUCAUAGAAUCCUCGGCCCUGUUGGACCGAGUCCUCGGCCGUGACAGUCGAGCCUCCAUGAUUGUGUUACUGACGGACGGUCAACCCACGGUCGGUGUGACGAGCACCAAUCAGAUCAUCGCAAACGUACGGGACCACCUGGCGGGAAACCACGCCCUCUUCUGCCUCGGUUUCGGAUACGACGUCUCGUUCGAAUUCCUGGAAAGACUUGCACUUCAAAAUGGAGGGUUCGUCAGAAGAAUCUACCCAGACAGUGAUAGUAACCUACAACUGACGGGCUUCUUUGACGAGGUGGCCAAACCUUUGAUGGUAGACGUCAACAUGGGGUACGGCCAGGUCGGCAACACGGCACUGCAGGUUGUUGACGUCACGCAGACCGCCUUUUCAAACUUCUUCAACGGUUCUGAAGUGGUGGUUGCCGGGCGUUUCCCUGGAGCCCAGCCUAGCAACUUCCACGUGACCGUGACGGGGAAAGGAGCACAGGAUUCGCUUUCAUUGGUGGAGGAUUUCCAGUUGGCCUCGUUGGUAGCGCCCGAGGGGUACGUGGAGCGCCUAUGGGCCUACCUCACCAUCAAAGACCUACUGAAGAAAGAACGUACUUCAACAGACGAAGAGCAACAAAGCGAACUAGAGGAACGCGCGCUGAGCAUGUCCCUGGAGUACAACUUCGUCACCCCCCUCACCUCCAUGGUUGUUCUCCAGAAGAACAGACGGGGACAGCCUGCCGAUUACAUGCUACACGAUGAAUCUAACCAACGUGAUAUUGCUUAUUUUGGAAACCGCGGUAUUGCAAAUUGUUGUGGGCAGAGUAGUGCUAGUGGAAGGUCGACGUCGGGGUCAUUUUGGACUGUCGUGACCACUGUUGUCUCUGCUUUGCUCUGUUUCUGAGAUCAUAUUAAGGACAAGUUAAGAUUGUGAGGGGGAGAUCGUAAUAGAUUGUCAAUUUGUAUAUAUUUAUUUGGAAGUGUCAAGAUACGGAAGUAGCUAUAGGUAUGUCAUUUUGGAUUGUCGUGACCACUGUUGCUUUGCUCUGUGUCUGAGAUCAUGUUAAGGGCAAGUUAAGAUUGUGAGGGAGGGAUUUUGAUACCUUGUCAAUUUGUGUAUAAUUGUAUACAUAUGGGUUGAUUUGUUUAUAUACAUAUAUAUUAUACGAUAUUUUAGAACAGUUGUGUAUAAUGUUAUAAUAUAAUGUUGUGAAAAUGUUUCACAAUUCUAGUCCUUUUGCUGACGUGAAGCUGUCUUUCCCCGUAGUAUAAUAGCCUACUAGCAGGUAGAAAGUUAUCAUUGCCUUAGUUGAUCUACAUUUCUAGGGAAUUCUGUACACGCUGAAGGACAUGUUUACUGUUUAUAGUUAUACGCUACUGUUGUAGUUCACGAGAACAUUAGUCAAGAUACUAAUAUCUAGAUAGAUUAUACGGAUAUGACAUUAUAAAUGUAUAUGCUAUUUUGCUACUGGCGCUAGCUGCUGCAACCUGGUAAUAAACGCAUGAAUAAUACUUCUUA